AUGCAGCGUCCAACGCUCGCGUGGCGCCAGGAGAAGAAGGAAGAAACUCGCCGUCUUGAGUCGCUGCCAGGAGUGCAACUCUUACACGUAUCUGCUCCUCUCAUGCCAGCCUUGUCUAUUUCCAUCUUCAGCUCAGCUUCUUCCAGUUGUACUUCUCAUCAUGCCAUCGUCACGGCGCAAGAAGCGCUCAACUUGCUUAGCACCAAGACCUCCUCGUCCUCGUCCUCCUCGUCCUCCUCGUCCGCUGUCACCAAGGGUAGCUGUCAGCUCCACCGGCCCAUCAAGAAGACUCUCAGCUUCGCCGACAUCCUCGACUACCAGCGUCUCCCUCAACCUCCCGAGCUCUGCGGCCUCCAGGCCGUCGUGAAAGGCACGGGAGUCCGGGAAGAGGACGGGGAACGGCGACGCAACUUCACGCUAGUGGACCGACCGCCCAAGGGAACUAAACUGUAUGUGACGCUGGUGAUGGACUUCAUUGACGGCAAGGAGCUUCGCCGGAUUCUCGGAGCUCUGCAGUACAUGCACAGCCUGUCGCUGCUGCACUGCGACGUCUCUCCUCGCAACCUGCUGGUUUCCUCCAGCUCUCAUGCCUUUCUCAUCGACAUGGGACUUGCCCGCGAGGAGGCUGAGGCGGAGGCCUCGCCCGAGGGAUGCCCAUGCAGGGCUGCAGGCUUGUAUGGAGUCCGGGAUGAAGGGGGAGUGGCGGGGUUCGUGUUUAUGUUUGGCUCCUUUAGUUCUGAACAGCUUCUGGAUCCCAACCCGCUGCUGUUUCCGGAAGCCUCCUGGGGGAUGAACAUGAGCGAGGAGGGGAAAGCGCUGCUGACCGGGAUGCUCGACAAGGAGGGCGACAGGCGCGUCAGCUCGCACGCGGCCCUUCAGUCAGGCUGGUUCGCCCCGGAGAGAGCGAACGAGAGUGAAGCAGCACAAGCAGCGGAGGAGGCUGAGGCGGAGGUAGAGGAAGUGGCGACGGAGAGGGAGGAGGCGGUCAUCGCUGUCGACCUUGUGCCUCAUCAGCUUCUGCUGCCGAGGAGACCAACGCGGAUCAACUACGCGGGGCGAGUGAUAGGACGAGAGGUUGAGGGUUAG